AUGCCACGCGAAGACGUCGAGUUCAAAACGCAAGACGGCGUGACUCUACGAGGGUGGCUGUACACGCCGUCCGUACCAGCGCCCAACAGCGGGCUGCCGUGCAUCGUCAUGUGUCAUGGCUUCGGCGCCGUCAAGGAGAUGGGCAUCGACGCGUUCGCCGAGCGCUUCACCACGACGAUCCCAGUCUGCGCACUGGUCUAUGACAAUCGCAAUCUCGGCGCGAGUGACGGCCUACCGCGGCAGGAAGUCAUUCCAGCCUUGCAGUGCUCCGACUACAGCGACGCCAUCACCUACGCGCAAUCCAGACCCGAGGUCGACCCCAAAAGAGUCGCCGUUUGGGGCACAAGCUACAGUGGCGCCCAUGUGCUUUCGGUCGCGGCUGUCGAUCGUCGAGUGAAGGCGGUGAUUAGCCAGGUCAUGGUCGCCGAUGGAUGGGCCAAUUUCCAUCGCCUCGUGCGGAACGACUUGGUCAAGGACAUGGAGGCCAUGUUUGAGAAAGGCAAGCAGGGUCGUGCGAGAGGCGAAGCGCCCAUGACCAUCCAAAGCGUGUCGGCGAAUCCCGAAAAGGAGCUCUGCGUCCUGCCCACGCCAGACAGCUGGGAGUACGUGUCAAGCUGGAUCAAGAAGCUUCCGGGCGUGAAUGCCAAGAACGAAGUGACGGUCCGAAGCAUGGAAGCCUUCCGCGCGUACAAUGCCUCGGGCUACAUCCACCACAUCUCGCCCACGCCGUUGCUCAUGGUGAUUGCCGACAAGGACGAGCUGACGCCCACGGACAUCGCCAUCGAGGCUUACUCGCGCGCCCGCGAGCCCAAGGAAAUCUUCAUCUUCCCCGGCGGCCAUUAUGCGGGCUACUUUGGCGAGGCGUUCGACAAGAGCACCGCCGUCCAGAUCGAGUUCUGGAAGAAGCAUCUGCUUGUGUAG